AAUAUAUUUACUUACAACAACUUAUAUACGUAUAUAUAUUUAUUAAUUAAUAAAAUAAAUAAAAUCUUGGUUUAGGGUUUGAAUCCGUCCAACAGAAUUACGCAAUCAAAGAAUUGGUAGAAAAGAUGGGGUUCAGUUCAGUUUACAGGGUAUUACAAGAGGUUUUUCCACAGGUUGAUUCUCGUAUACUUAGAGCUGUGGCUAUUGAGCAUUCUAAGGAUGCCGAUACAGCAGUGGAGGUUGUUCUUGUUGAGAUUAUCCCUUCUCUCUCUGAACAAUCUUUUGCAGUUAGGUCUUCCAAUACGAGCACGAGUUCACUCAGUCUCACUGAAGAUGGUGGCAAAACUGGGCAAGUUGAGUCAAGUAUGAAUCACGUAGUAAUUAAACCAAGUCCUACUGAGCAAUUAACUGAAGUUCGUCUUUCGAGCGUUUAUGGAAGUUUAUCUGGUGCGAUGGAAGUAAAUGAGGGUUCAUCUGGUCAACAAAAUAGUCCCACAGCUCUAGAGCCUGAAACUUGGGGACACCUUGAAAAAUCUUCUUAUCAUGAUGCAAGUGACACUGAAGUUGAUUCUGUUAAUUCUGGCGGUCUUUCAGUUUACAAGAGGCGUUCUUGUGAUAAUCUUGAUCAAGGAUCUGUUAAAUAUGAUGGUGACAAUGUUGCAUUGUUUGGUGAGUCUUCAGGAGACAAGGCUGGAGUUUCUGGAUCAGUUCAAGAGGAAGAAAGCCUUCAUUUAGGAACAACUGCACCUAGUGCCAAAUUUGAUAAACACAUAAAUUUAGAUGUUGGUACUUUAACAUUAGUUACUCCUGGAAGCAACUGUGAGAUGAAUGUAGCUGUUCCUAAAGAAUCAGAUCCUAGCUGCUCAUCAGGAACUGCCUCCGAAAAAGAUGCUUUUGGAAUCCAUAAUGUUAAUUCAGAGGAUGAGUCUGCUAUGUCUUCCAUGCUUGCUGGUUCCGAAGAGGAAUGUAACUCUGAAUUUCUCGAGGAAAUUGUUGAAGAUGCCAAGAACAACAAGAAAACCCUCAAUAUGGCUAUGAACUCAUUUGUUGACCUCAUAAAAGAGGUAGAAUCUAAAGAGAACGCCGUCGAACAAGCAAAAGAGGAAGCUAAUAGGGGUUGCUCAGAUAUUAUUGCAAAGGCGGAUGAGGUUAAACAAGCACUUCUAAGAGCCAAAGAGGCAAAUGAUAUGCAUGCUGGAGAAGUACAUGCAGAGAAGGCCAUUCUAGCAACAGAAUUGAAGGAGCUUCAGCUGCGCUUGCUCACAUUAUCAGAUGAUAGAAACAAGUAUCUUGGAAUUCUUGACGAGAUGCGUAGAGCUUAUGAGAUUAGACUGGCCAAGGCAUUAGAAGAACUUGCAGCAGCAGAGGAAUACAAGCUGGAAAAAGAAAAGUCUGCUAGAGAAGCACUUGCGUAUCAAGAACUCCAAAUGGAGAAAGUGGUUGAAGAAUCCAUAAAACUGAAGCGAGAAGCAGAAGAGAAUUCCAAGUUGCAAGAAUUUCUUAUGGAUCGAGGCCGCACUAUUGAUAUCUUACAAGGUGAGUUCUCUGUAAAGUUCCAGGAUAUCUUGCUGCUUAAAGAGAAGUUUGACCAAGGAAUCCCGCUAUCCCGCUCACUAUCUUCUAGCCAACAUUCCUCAAUCUUAGCAUCUUCAAGUUCAUCACUUAGAAGUACCGUCACACCCAUUGAGACUGAGCCAGAGUCGGAGACAUAUAAAGCCCCAAAGAGGAGUGCAGAGCUUGGGGAUUCUUAUGAAUUUUUCGAAAGGAGUUUAAACUCGGAGGUAGCUCCUCCAUCCCCCAAGUCUCCAAUAGAAAAAGUUGAUGGUUUUCCAUUUGGAGAAGCAAAAAAGAUUGGCAAGGUGCCUGUUGAUGACGGAUGGGAGCUUUUCGAAAGUGAUGACUUUUUGCUUAGAUAAUAAGGGGGAGCUAUCUGACAGUGGGGAUUGCAUUCUAGUAUAUCGAACUUACUACUACUAAUACAUAUUUUGAUGAUAAGAGGGAGAUUUUUGUCGUUCAUUUUUGCUUUAUAGCUGUUUUACAUUUAAACUGGUGGUAAGCCUUCUAUUUUUGUUUAUAAGUUACACUACUAUAAAAGUAUGAAUGGCAAGAUCUUUUGGACA